CACGUUGAAAAGUGUUUUGUGCUUGAAAGUCUUGACACAUCUUUGUUGUUUUUAACCUGUAUUUUGUCCACUUUCAAAUAACAAAAAUAUGUUAAAAACAACCCAAAAAUAUUCAGCAAAAUGCCUCUGAAAGGUUCCCAAGUUUGUUUAAAAUGCGAGGCCACUGAGUCACCUAUGUGGACUAAUGCUGAAAAUCUAGGAGUUUUGUGUUUGGACUGCGUGAAUGAAACGAAAAAUAACCUUAAAUUAGAACUUGAGGAAGAAGAGGAGGACGACCACAAGACCACCAAGAAGAAAACUAGAGCUACUAGGUCUUAUAAAACUCGGCUGAAUCCUUUUGCCGUGCCGAAGACUGCAACUCCAAAAGGUCGAGGUAGACGAGGUUUGGCGAAAAAAACACCAGUGAAGGCACCAACUGCUGUGGCAACAAUUGUCACCAGUGACUCUGUCUUCUAUAAGGGUAACUAUAUACAGAUUGGUGAUAUUGUGUCAGUUAAAGAUGAGGGAGGAGACACCUACUAUGCCCAAAUCAAAGGAUUGCUUACAGACCAGUAUUGUGAGAAGAGUGCUGUAUUAACAUGGCUUUUACCAACACAAGAAAGUCCUAAUCCAAAUGAAUCUUUUGAUCCAGCUACUUAUAUUAUGGGACCUGAAGAAGAUAUUUCAAGAUGCUUAGACUGCUUGGAGUUUGUAAUGCAUGCCCCAUCUGACUAUUACAAGGCUAAAACAACUCCUUAUCCCACAAUCCAUGCACCUGCACGACCAGGCUAUAUUUGGACAACCAUGGAUACUAUCAAAGAGUUUUGUUCUCCCAAAGUGAUAAUUUAAUAAGACAAACAAAGCAUUUCAGAGCUAAUAUGGAGUAUAUAUUGAGUUUACAGUACUGGUCCCAAAAUGAGAGUCAACCAGCCAAAGAAAAAAUUAAUAGUUGGGGUGAUUUAGUAAACUAUGAUUUUUUAUUUAGCCUUCUCUCUGUUUACAUACACCGCUUUGUGGUUGAAUAUUUUUAUAUCUCAUUAGCAUGUUAUACAAGUUUGCAUCUUCAUUUAUCUUUCUACAGGCAACAAUGUUGUUGAUUUACUGUGAAUAUAUAAAAAUAAAAUAAUUUUCUGAAUUA